GUGCUGAGUGGAUGCUAGGGAACGGAGCGAAUGAAUGGAGUGUUCUUGCCUUUGGGAACUGCACUUUUGACAGCCACUAGUGCGAACCCUGCAGAUAAAGUUGGAGCGGAAUAAUUCCUUUUGAAUCACCUUGACAGAGGAGUCUUUUUCGUUUUUGCUGGGAAUAUUGCAGGUGACUUUUGGGCUGUAAGCAUGUCUGACUGCACUCGGAUGAUUUUUCGUUUGGCUUUGUACCUUUGUCCCCUAUUAUUCGGAGUAGCUGCAUUCAAUUUGGAUUUAGAAAAACCAACGAUGUACAGCGGUCCUGAGGGUAGUUAUUUCGGCUACUCAGUAGACUUCUAUCGACCAGCACCGGACAAAAACAUCAUGAGUGUCUUGGUUGGGGCGCCCAAAGCGAACACAUCUCAGCCGGGCAUAGUAGAAGGAGGAGCCGUAUAUUACUGCUCCUGGCCGUCUACAGACCCGACCUCCUGCCGCCAGAUUCCCUUUGAUAUUGCCAAUAACAGGAUGAUCAAAGUGAACGGGACCCGCGAACCCUUGGAAUUCAAAUCCAACCAGUGGUUCGGAGCCACGGUCAGGACGCAUAAAGGCAAAGUCGUGGCGUGCGCCCCGCUGUACCACUGGCGGACAGUGAAAAUGAGCAGCGAGAAGGACCCGGUCGGCACCUGUUACGUGGCCGUCCAGAACUUCAGCGCCUACGCCGAAUACUCACCCUGCCGCACCAACGAUCCGGACCCAGAGGGACAAGGGUUCUGCCAGGCCGGAUUCAGUGUGGAUUUUACAAAGGAGGGAACAUUAGUGGUGGGAGGACCAGGCAGCUUCUACUGGCAAGGUCAGGUGAUAACAGCAGGCAUCGCCGAAAUCCUCAACGGCUACUCCCUGAAGGCCAUCCUGAGGAAGGUGACCGGGGAGAAGCAAACAGGGGCCGCCCCCGACAGCUACGACGACAGCUACCUCGGUUACUCGGUGGCAGUGGGAGAGUUCACGGGAGACUCUGAGCAAGAGCUCAUUGCCGGUGUUCCAAGAGGGGCGCAGAACUUCGGAUAUGUUGCCGUGAUAAAUUCAACUAAUUUAACAUUUAUUCAGAAUUUCACUGGGGAACAGAUGGCCUCGUAUUUCGGCUACACAGUAGCUGUGUCGGAUCUGAAUGGCGACGGCCGAGACGAUGUGCUGGUGGGCGCACCCCUCUUCAUGGACCGCGAGUUCGAGAGCAAGCCCAGAGAGGUGGGCCGCGUCUAUGCGUACCUGCAGGAGGAUGUCCUGACGUUCAGCGACCCCGUCAUCCUCACCGGGGCGGACGUGUUCGGACGGUUCGGCAGCGCGGUCGCCUCUCUGGGAGACCUGAACCAGGACGGUUUCCACGACAUUGCAGUGGGGGCUCCCUUCGCAGGUGACGAGAGGAGGGGCCGGGUGUUCAUCUACAACGGGCAGAGCCACGGGCUCAAAAUGCAGCCCUCCCAGGUGCUGGAGGGACCAUGGGCCUCGCAGGCCGUGCCAGCAGGGUUUGGCUUCACCCUCAGGGGGGACUCCGACUUGGACAAGAACGAAUAUCCAGAUUUGAUCAUUGGUGCCUUCGGUGUGGGGAAAGCAGUGGUCUACAGGGCGCGGCCAGUGGUGAUGGUGGAGGCCCAGCUGCUCCUUAAUCCCUGGAUCCUGAACCCAGAGGACAAGAGCUGCCCCCUCCCAGAGCAGGACACCAUGGUAACCUGUCUGACGGCGGCGGUCUGCAUUAAGGCGUCGGGUGUCGGGAUUCCAGAUUCCGUAGCCCUGAACAUAGAGCUGCAACUGGAUUGGCUGAAACAGAAAGGAGCCAUUAAGAGGGUUCUGUUCCUCGACACCCACCAGCACCAGCACCGAGGGACCCUCCUCAUCAACAAGAGGAAGAGUCAUACGUGCCAGAACUUCCCUGUGUACCUCAGAGAGGAGACUGAGUUUCGGGAUAAACUGACCCCCAUCAGCAUAGCUCUGAAUUAUAGCCUGGAGGAGACCUCCCCGCUUCCCGGGCUGACACUGAGGCCCAUCCUGGACCACUACGGCAAGACCUUCAUUCAGGAGCAGGCUUUCAUUCUCCUGGACUGCGGAGAGGACAACAUGUGCAUCCCUGAUCUCAGGCUCUCCGCCACCAUGGACAGAGAGCAGCUGGUCAUUGGAGAUGACAACCCGCUCAUGCUGACCAUCAACGCGGUGAACCAGGGCGAGGGGGCGUACGAGGCGGAGCUGCACGUGCUCAUCCCUCCAGAGGCGGACUACAUCGGGGUGGAGCGCAGGCGAGAGACUCUGCAAAGGCUGAAUUGCGAGUACCAGAUGGAGAACGACACCAGGAUGGUGGUGUGUGACCUUGGAAACCCUAUGGUGGCCGCGACCAACCUGUCCGUGGGCCUCCGUUUCUCAGUCCAGCGCCUGGAGGAGGUGGGCCCCCACAUUGGCUUCGACCUGCAGAUCCAGAGCUCCAACAAAGACAACUCCAAGAGCAACCCGGUCAGCCUAAUACUCAACAUCUCUGCGAAGACGCAGGUUGAUAUACGCGGGGUGUCGCACCCAGCUCAGAUCAUCCUGCCCUUCCCCCGCUGGGAGCCCAAAGAGAAGCCUGUGAAGGAGGAGGACGUGGGGCCGCAGGUCCAGCACAUCUACGAGCUCCAUAAUAAAGGCCCCAGUGCAGUCAGCAACACUGUGCUGGAGGUGGGCUGGCCCAGCCGCUACAGAGACGAGUACCUCCUGUACGCACUGGAGAUCAAGACGGAUGGGCCAGUGACGUGCCGGACCAACUCCUCACUCAACCCCCUGGAGCUGGAGACGACCACGCUGCAGGACACCCCCGAGCUCCUGGGAUUCCUGCGGAACACCAGCUCCCCCCACGUCCGGCGCAGGCGUGCGGCCGCCACGGCCGAGGCUUACAAAGGCAAGACGCUGAACUGCACCAACAUCGACUGCCUGAUGAUAUCGUGUCACGUGGGCCGGCUGGACCGUGGCCAGAGCGCCGUAGUGAAGAUCCGAUCAAGGCUGUGGGCCCAGACCUUCCUGCAGAGACGGAAUGAUCCCUAUUUGCUCAAUUCCACUGUAUCCUUCAAAGUGAUGGACGUGCCUUAUCGAAUCAAGCCAGAUAAAUUUCCACAGGAAUCCAAGUCAAUAGGCACGUUUGUGGUGUGGGCCACCCCUGAUGUCUCCUUCGCCAUCCCCCUGUGGGUUAUAAUCCUGGCCAUUCUUCUGGGGCUGCUGGUUCUGGCCAUUCUGACUCUUGUCAUGUGGAAGUGUGGGUUCUUUGACCGGGCGCGGCCCCCGAAAGACGACGUGUCGGACCGCGAGCAGCUGACAUCGGAGAAGUCCACCGAGGCGUGAGAAGACCAGUGCUGCCAAAAAGACUGGGUUCGGGAAUUUUUCGAGGAGCGUUCCUUCCAACCCACCCAGUGACUUUCCCAGACAGACCUGAAAACUGUGGAGAGGACCACAAGAACACUCACUGCCCAAGUCCUAUUAUAAUGGGAAGCAUGAAACACACUUUAAACAGCGAAUGCUGCAGGACCAAAGGUGGUUGGCGAGGCUGUGACUUGCCCGGCACCGCUCCAACCAUAAUACGACCACAAGGGACCUCCGUAGAUCCCGUGGAAUAUGUUCUUGAAGUGCGAGCCAGCUGACAGGCGGAUCUUUCCUUGUUUAUGUUUUACUGUUCUUCCAAGUGGUUUGCCCGAAGUCUAUUCUGUAAUUGUUUUGUGCCACAGUGGCAAGUUGCAACUGAAUUCCUAACUUUAAGUCCAGUCUUAGAAAACCUGCUUUUCACAUCUUACAUAUUUCUGCAUUGGGAGCUGUGAUGAGCAGACCACCUCUCCAGGAGUUGAGCUUUUCCAGCUACUUUGACCUCUGUGCCUUUUCCAACCAUUUCAGCCUCUCUGCAGGAGUCAGUGCCUUUGAUCCACAGGGAAACAUUUAUUCCUUUCUAACAUGCAUCCACUGAUUCUCAGGUGUAGCUAUGGAUGUUGGACCCCUCACUUUGGACAGACCUUCCAGGGUGUCACAUGUUUAUCAUUGAAAGCCCAGUCCAAAGUAAGAGCUUUUAUAGAGAGUCUUCCUUUGUAAGCAACAGAAUCCAAUGAGAUACAGUAGAACAAAUAAGGAUAUUAUUUAUUUACGGAAAAUCGCAGUGUAUUUUUUUUCUUCCAAGCAGGAGGAAAAUGCAACGGCAAGAAGCCAAGAGGGAUAUGAUACACUACAGAAUGGGAUUUCAUUCAAUUACAAAACCAGAGGACAAUGUUAAUGUGAUAAUUGACCUCAUAUCAUGGCCAGGAAUUGUUGGGUUUAUGACAGUAAUUCUACGCAAGUCUACAUGACGCUAUGCAAAGUCUACAGCCUUCUGCUCACAGCCCCUAAUAUGGCAAAGGAAGGUGACAGAGCUUGCCACCUGGAGACAAGUACAGCACAGUAUCUGGGGGCUCUUUGAGAAUGAUUCCAAUCCAUGACAUCAGAGAGGUUAGAAUGGCAAAGACUGUGCUAUGAUGUAAAGCGAUUACCUCACUUUUUUCUAUUCAAUAGAGGCUUCACCAUUGAGAGCAAUGCUACUUUGCUGUUUACAGGCAACAGCAUAAAUUUGCUUAGUUCAUGUUUUUUUUUUUUUUUACAAAUUUAUAAAACACUCCUUAUAGUUCAGAAACAUUACAGUAUACAGUAAUGAGAAAAAGAAUAAAAUAGGGUAGAAUUGUUUCUAAAAUCAAGAUUGAGAUCUUUCACCACAGUUGAAAAAAAUUCACCACAAAAACUCAGAUCUUUCACCACAGUUCUGUGAAAUAGUCUCUUUGAGCUUGCUGCAAAUGUUCACCACACCAACAGGCACGGUUUCUGUCCUGCAGUUCUGUAUUAUGGUUUGUCCAAAGCUUUAAAUAAGAAAUGCACGCAAAUGUUACCUACACACUGGUACCUCCAUAGUUUUUGGUAAUUUUCAGCCACCACCUUUUUAACGAUGUUGUGCAAGUAUAGGGAAAAAGUAGCACUUGCUUAAUUUAAUUAUUCAGGCCAAAGUGAGGUCAUGGUUUUUAUUUUAGCCACCACCUUGCUUGUCUGUUAUGUGGUUGCAGCUGUUUCUUUUUUAUUUUAUUUUACUAUUUUUGUGCGGGUUUAUUCUUUUGUUGUUGAAUUUCCCUCCAACAUUCCACAGCACAGUUGCAUUCCUUAAUAUUUUGAAGUUAUUCCAAAGCUGUCGUCUCUGUAAAUCCAAAUACUAGGGAUAUAUACAAGCAGCAAUUACUUAAAAGGGAGAAUAUAUUCAAUCUUAUGUGCAAUAUUGUGGUGUUUUGUAAAAUGCUGAAGCGUGUUUACACUGGUAUUAUUUUACUGAGUUUUGUUCAGGUUUUGUAUAUAGUGUUCAGCGAGUUGAUGUGUUUGUGAGGCUUGGACUGAACUUUGUUUUCCCAGCCAGUGAAAAAGGGAACUUAAAUCUUUCAUCUUUUUAACCAGAAAUAACUCAAUAAGCACAUGUGUCCGGUUCUACACUGCGGUGGAGGAUCAGGUCGUAAACGCGAACGGUCAUUAUUCCCGUGCAAUCUCGUGUGAAAGUCGCUCAAGCAGAUUGAGAGAUUACAUGAUUCCCCCUCAUACUAAUACCCCGCAGUCGACGCUGUUCUAAUUUUUAAUGAGGAAAGCUCAUUAAUGCCUUCCAUCGUGCUGCCACAUGCAAGGUCGGUCACAAAUGGCAUUGCAGACUGUGAGAAUGACAGCAAACGAGGAUCUGAGGAAGCUGCCAUUCAUUGUUGCGGGGUAAGGCUUUUUUAGCAAAUCAACAAUCAAGGCUUGCAGUGAGGUCAGAUGUAUUAGACAACUUUUUUGAAUAAUAUCAGUUGUGGAGUGAGAUUAUCUGACGUGAAAUUCUGUGCCCGACGUUGCAACACGGACGCCAGUCGUCGAUUUAUGUUAGUUAUUUCACGCGUCACUGUCUGCAGCGAGUAACUGAUGACCAAUGCCAGAAUGUGUGAUGUGAAGUUUGAAAGAGUUGUAAUGACCGUUGUCACUUUUAAAAAAAAAAAAAAAAACAUCUGUGUAUAUAGC